ACACUGUAGUACGAUAAUAUGGCCAAAACAAUCUGGCAACGCUGGACUAUAAAAACGGGUGAGAGCUGUGGCGAACGCAGUUCGUUGAGUAGUGGUGUGCGCUCUCCGCUCUUCUGGCACUGCCAGCGAGCACACCACCACCACCGCCCAGCAUGUUUCAGUUUCUCGUCCAGGGUGGAGCAGUGCCAUUGGGGUACAUGCCAGAUGUGAAUGGAAGUGAUUCUCUACCCUACCUCCACCACCGCCCCGCAGGCCAGGAUUACUACCAUUACGUGAGAGAUCCACUUCCUGACAUCAUAGCAAGCAACACCCCUCCAGAGUCACCCCUACGCCGCACCCGCUCCUGCCAUGCCUUCUUCCCGGACACCCCUCCUCCUUCACCGCCACCCCCUCCAACCUCUCUCCUGAUCCCUGCAACACCAAGGGCGGAGGAGGAAGGGCCAAUGGGAGCGGAAGGGGGUAUAGAUGAAGCGUCCUUGCUGCAACUUCCAAAGCUUUCUUGGCCUCUUCCCCAGCGCCGCCCGAGGAAGGAAGGGGAAGGUGGGGAAGAGGAAAGGGAGGUGGAGAGUCAGGAGGAGGCGCGGCGGAGACGAUGGCGCUACAUUGGCAUCGACUUGAGGAAUGUUGCUGAUCAGUUCCAAUUCAGGCACUCCAAGGCACUGGAGACGAAGACCCAAAGUAGGAGGAGGAGGAGGAGGAGACGGGAGAGGAAGAAGAGGACGAGGAGGAAGUUAGAGAACAGCAAGGAAGAGCAGUAAGCUUGUCAAUUCCCUCGGCCCUCACUAGAUGUCUCUGUGCCUCUUUCUUCCUCAUCAUCUGCUGGAGAAUGGUCGACAAGCUUCACUAAAUGGUAUCCCCUUCCCCCCAACACACACACACUGGCCCCUUUCACAAGCCCACACUUCCCCAAAGACCAGCCCUCGCCUCACCUUGCUGCCCGCCCGUCUUGCCAGUAACUCAAAAUUUUCAUCUGGGUGUUUUUUCUUGAAGAUCCGUUUUCUGUGAGGUGAAAUUCAACGUGUGGGUCUCUCUCUCUCUCUCUCUCUCUCUCUCUCUCUCUCUCUCUCUCUCUCUCUCUCUCUCUCUCUCUCUCUCGUAUACCCCCAACGCUCUCCAUCACUCGUUACCCCAAAAAGUCUUUCAAUCAUAAUAAGCAGAAAAAUUCUCUCUCUCUCUCUCUCUCUCUCUCUCUCUCUCUCUCUCUCUCUCUCUCUCUCUCUCUCUCUCUCUCUCUCUCUCUCUCUCUCUCUC